GUGCAAUGAUCGAUGAUAGGAUAGAAUGUCGAAUGGUGGCAGAAAAUGAGAGAAACGGCAUAUCUACUGUAGGUGCAGAGUGUACCAGAAGUGAUGAUGGAUCAUGCAUUGUUCCUUUCCCAUGAUUCUCCAACUCUCUUCUCUUCUGGGGGAUCUCAAAAUCGCAUUUCUUGUGCACAAUUUGUCAAAGUAUCAAAAUGCAAGGGCUUUCCCAAUAAAACUCAUUCUGGUAGACUCUCGUUGAGAGCAGGAGAGCGCCCGUUUAAUCUUCUAGGCAAGCGAGUUUGUGAUAGAAGAGGGCUCUACAGCAGUAAGGUGAUUGCUUCAAGCACACAACUGCCUGUGCAAGAAUUCAGGAGUAAAACUCCCCAGGACAUCAAUGUUUUAGUAGUGGGAUCCACUGGCUACAUUGGCAAAUUUGUUGUUGUGGAGUUAGUGAAGCGAGGGUUCAAUGUGUUUGCCAUUGCCAGGGAAAGAAGUGGUAUUGGUGGAAAACUAGGGAAGGAGGAGAUCAAGAAAGAACUGAAGGGCGCCCAAGUGUGUUUUGCAGAUGUAACAGACAUAAAAUCUCUGCAAAUAGCAAUUGCUGAUCUGGGUAUUUCUGUUGAUGUAAUUAUAUCCUGCUUGGCUAGCAGGAAUGGUGGUGUAAAAGAUUCAUGGAAAAUUGAUUAUGAGGCUACCCGCAACAGCCUUAUUGCAGGAAAGGCAGCAGGGGCAUCACAUUUUGUUCUGCUGUCGGCAAUUUGUGUGCAGAAACCCCUACUGGAGUUUCAGAGGGCCAAGCUUAAAUUUGAAGCUGAAUUACAGAGAGAAGCAGAGAAUGGGGGGCUUACUUACAGCAUUGUUAGACCCACAGCCUUCUUUAAAAGCUUGGGUGGUCAGGUGGAACUGGUUAAAAGUGGAAAGCCCUAUGUGAUGUUUGGAGAUGGAAAGCUGUGUGCUUGUAAGCCCAUUAGCGAAUCAGAUUUGGCUUCCUUUAUUGUGGACUGUAGUUUAGACAGGGAUAAGAUCAAUAAAAUUCUUCCAAUUGGUGGCCCCGGCAAGGCCAUGACUCCUUUGGAGCAGGCAGAAAUACUGUUUAGGCUUAUGGGAAAAAAACCCAAGUUUUUGAAAGUGCCCUUGGAAAUAAUGGACUUUGCUAUAGGAUUGUUGGACUUUUUGCUAAAAGUUUUUCCAUCUUUGGAAGAUGCAGCCGAGUUUGCAAAGAUUGGAAGGUAUUAUGCAGCAGAGAGUAUGCUGGUUUGGGAUCCACAAACAGGCAAGUAUGAUGCUUCUGCAACACCCAGUUAUGGAAAGGCCACCCUUGAGGAUUUUUUUGACAAGGUUCUGAGAGAAGGAAUGGCAGGCCAGGAGUUAGGAGAUCAGGCUGUGUUCUGAGGAAAAGCUUUCCUCUUCUGAAUGCUAACUUCUACUUGUGGAUAUGGGCUCUCAACUUCAAAGUAAAUCCCUAGCAUGUUGUUGGUUAUUUGGAUGUGUCAAAUGAAAAACAAUGUGCCAUUGUUUAAGCUCUUCCCUCUUAACCAAUAUUUGGAUUUGUCAAAUGAAAAAUAAUGUGCCUUGUGUUACCAUUUUUCAUAAGAAAGCUUUUAUAUGCAGAUUCAUUCUUUGUUUC